GUGCCAAGCUCAAGUCGUUAACGCCGCCUUGCGACAAAAAGUUCCAACUGAACCCGGCCGUCGCAGUUUCGAGACUCUACUCAGCUGUACACUUCUGCUCGAGCGACUACGACCAUGGGCAAACCGUCUGUCGAAGUGGCAGGCUUUCUGGCUCUGCCAUUGAGGCUCCCUUCUUCUACCCAUGCGACAUCGGCAUCCCGAGAAGCGACGCAUUACCUCUAUCUCAAGCCUCACGACCCCCCAGUGCCGGACGAGGAGACGCCGAGAUCAUUGUUCUUGGUGAACAUCCCCGUGUCCGCCACGGCCGCAUCGCUCAAACACCUCCUAACGACGCAAUUAGAGGGUGGUCGUGUCGAGAAAGUGCGGUUCACAGAUGAUCUACAGGAGAAGCCGUCAUCGGUCGUCUCCUCGAAAUCCGGAGGAGGCCGCAAGAGAAAGCGGAUCACGGCCGAAGAGUUAGAGGCCGGAUUGGACAGAUUUACCCUCCCUCACGUUUUCGACAGUCACAUCCAUCCCAGCGGGUCUUCGGCGGUUGUCGUCUUUGUCGACCGCCCGAGUAUGGAACUCACACUCAAAGCUGCCCGACGACUGGCCAAGUCGCGCACGGCAAUUGUAUGGGGAGGAGACGGCACAGAACAAAAGCCGGUACUCCCGCAUCUGGGCUUGAUGAGAUAUGAACACCACAAACAUCGGCAAUUCCCGUCGAGUAAAGAGCUCUUGCGCUCCGUGAACGGGUUCAUGACCGCUUGGUCGCAACUCGAGGAGGCUAGGAGCCGCGAGACCGCGCGGAAACGGCAAGAGCCUGACGAGGACGGCUUUGUCACGGUCACCAGAGGCGCAAGAGGCAGUGUGCGAGCCGACGAGGCGAAAGAGAUCGCAGAGAGACAGAAAGAGAAGAACAAGGCUCUUGAGGACUUUUACAGGUUCCAGACACGGCAGAAGAGAAAGGAGGAACAAUCCGAGAUGUUGAGAAAAUUCGAAGAGGAUAAACGGAGAGUGGAAGAGAUGAGGCACAGACGUGGGAAGUUGACGCCUGGUUGAAAAGCCCUGUGUCGUGCGCAACAAUCUAGUAUCAGAUGUUGAACAGCAACAGUACCUUCCUCGAAGCCCUCUGCAGAUGGGAGUCUGUACGUCGCUGGAGUAAUCCCCCAUCGGGCCCAUGCAUGCCAGCUCGAGCUGACCACGUCCAAUGUUGUGAAGAUCAUGCCCACAAUCAAAGGCGACACUAUCUGUGCGAGGUGACGCCAUCGGCAUUAUACACGGCUUGAGCGGACACCCAUGGGGGGUAGCAUGCAUCUCGAGCGCAUUUACCCAGUUAGUCUCGCACUCACCUGGACAGCCUCUUCCGUCAACCCUCUUCUGGGAUGUGGAAGGACAUAGCGUGGGGAGUUGAGAGGAACACUUGCAUUUCAGAACGAAAGUCGGGUCGAAGGCAGAGCGAGCCGGGUAUACCCCGACUGCGUUAUAAUGAUAUCGACCCGAGAAGGAUUUUCUGCGGGUCGUUGGCAACAAAGCUAUGAUGCAGCAGCGCGACGUUCUUGGGGUUGCGAUAAUGCGUUUUGUGGUCGACUGGCUUUUUCUCCGUAUCGGAAAUGGCAAGGGAGAGACAUUGGGUUCUGAUAUGGAUUCGCAGUCAAGGGCUCUGAUCGGCGAUCACAUACCUGGAGGCAUGUCUGCCGACACUCCGUAUACUUUCUGCCAGUGGUGUUAGCCACAGAUGCAUGCGAGCCGUGUCAGCCGUGCUCGAAAAGGAAACACACCAUGCAGUGUCCAACAACUCUGGGGUGUGAUGCACAAAUGGAAAUCUCAUUCAGCAUCUUGAGAACCGUCGUAGCUGAGUCUCAAUUGACACGAUAAGCUCGAACAUCCACCAUUAUUGGACCAGCGGCCAUUGCAGGAUUCGGUACGGCAAUGCAAUGCAAUAGUGCUCCUUCUGCGUGAGCCGCUUAGACUCAUUCGAGAAUUAUGUCUUAGAUUUUCCGACUGGGUUGUAACCGGUACGCUCUGUCGUCGAGGUGGUCCAAUAAUUGUGAAGAACGUG